UUCCGUGACAGACAGAUUGCAGCGCCAGCGUAAUUUACAUAAUUGUUAGACAUAAUUAAAAAUUCUUUUAAAAACAAUAACAGUGAUUUUUAUUUUGAAAUUAAAAUGGCGAAUACAACAACAAAAGUGUCUUUUAUCUAUGUGCUAAUGGUGCUCGUGCUUGUCGCAUUGGCCAGUGCAGAUUCAGAGUCACAGUCGAAGCCGAAACAAUGCAACGAAGAAUGUCCCACGACACGAGAUCUUGUUUGCGGUUAUGACAGUAAUUGUUAUGCUAGAUUUGACAACAAAUGUCUGUACGACCGAUUAAAAUGUAACACGAAGCACAAUCUCGAAACGGUAGAUAUGUCUCUGUGUGAUUUAGCUGAACGAAAAACCCAUCCAGCUUAUAGGCUUUGCUAAGGACUAAGGACUCGCCUUCACCAAUAUAUAUUUUAAUAAAUUAUUUGCAAUGUCAUCACAAUCUAAAUGUUAAAGAAAUCUACUAAAUUAUCACUACACAUAGACUUAAGUGGACUUCUUGUAGACAAUAAUUAUAAACAAAACAACAAAUAACCAAUCAAACUUGACUCUAAACAAUGUUCUCAUCUUUAAAAUAGAAUAAAGAAAUACCAAAGUUUUUAUUACGAGUAUCCUACCAGCAAAA